AUGGAAAAAGACAGUAAAGAAACCAAGACCAACCCAGCGGCUUCGGCCGGCCUGGUGUCCAAGAUAUUUUUCUGGUGGCUCAAUCCUUUGUUUCGCAUUGGAUACAAACGCAAGUUGGAAGAAGGGGACAUGUACGAUGUGCUCACAGAGGACAGGUCGAAGAAUCUUGGGCAGGAUCUUCGGAGUGGAACCAUGGUAUCAGCUGAAGUCGAUGAGGUUGUACUGGAGGAUGGGACAAAGAUAAAGCCUGUUUCGGUCAUCUUUCCAGAGGGUAGCAACAUCCCUGCACAAAAACAUGAUCAGAGACAGCUUGUAGGCAUUCAGAACCAGGAAGCCAACGUGACCCCUCUGGCCUGCACUGUGUCCUUCUGCUCCUCAACCCCUCUGUCCGUCUGCACAACCAUCACCUUCACUGACCACCUCCACAACAGGUUCAAGGUUAAGCUGUUUGCUAUCGCUAACAACUGUGUGUUGACAGUCUGGCCCUACAUGGCUCUGCACCGCUCUGAGCAACAGAUAGUUCUCAAGACUGGUACCAAGCAUGGGACCACAGCUGUUGAGCUGAUCCUUCAGCGCUAUCACACACCAAGUCCUGCCUCUGGUCCGACUUCAUCACCCUCCUCCUCCUCCUCAUCCUUUGAUCACAACAGCUCAACAAACAAGAAAACAACCUCAGACGAGCAUAUUAAAUAUUCCUUUCCCAACAGUGACAGUGUGAGCGGCCAGACCAGCAGGAAUACAGACGUUUCUCCUAACACCACAAUCAAUCUCGGCACCCCAGAAUUCCCUGCUGCCGACUCUGAGGAAGGACUAUAUUACCAGAAUGUAUUAUUGGCUGUGGAGAGGUGGUUUAGCCUGUUUGGAUGGCCGAGUGGACCAAACCCUAUCUCUGUGCCACACACGCUCAGAAGAGUUGUGUCAAAAAUCCAAAUGAAUCCUACCACUGGACGGACUUAUCGAGUCAGUCAAAAUAAAGACUCCAGGUCUGUAGUGGGCAUGCUUCAUCACCUGACUGGCAAACAGAUCCCUGGUAUUCCUCGGUGUCAGAUGUUUUCCAGUGAUAUAGACCAGUGCACCCAUCAGCUGCUGCAACAGCAUGAAGCUAUGCUCACUUUUCUCAGGGUGCAGGGAGCCAGCCUUUGUCACAUCAGACCAGAGUACCUGCUAGACGUGCAGGAGUUCAAACACUGGUGCUCCCUGCAGUCAAAUGAGGAAGAUCAUGGUUUGGACUACAGCAGUUUGGACUACGAGUCUCUGAGCAAACGAUCAUGGACUGACGUGUUGCUGCAAAUAUACAAGGUUCUUGUGUUGUGUCGUGUGUCAGAGAGGGGUUCAAACUCAUAUCUGAACCCUGAGGACAUAGAUGGAAUCCUCCCUGUGAGCUCACCGCCUCUGGCCAGUAACAUCUAUUCACCCUACGAGCUCCAGCUGCUCGAUUGGCUCAACAUGCAUUACAAGAGCAUGAGGAAGACCGUGUGGGGAACAGGUAAGACCCAGACCAUAUACUGGGAUGUUGAGAUCCAGAAAGCUACCAAAGAGCUGCGACCACCUUCACUCACCAAAUGUAUCAUAAAGUGCUACUGGAAACCAUAUGGAGUGCUGGGAAUCUUUACCCUCAUUGAAGCCCAACUCUUCAGAGGUGUUUACCAAGGUGAAGAGUGGAAUACAGCGUGGAGGUUUCUCUUUGCCACAGAAAUUUGCUUUACCCCAGUAACCGGUUACAGUACCCUUACGUUUUCCAGGCGGACUGCCGUGGGCCAGUUUCCUGAUCAGGUGAUCUGGAAGGUCCUGGCUUGUGAUACCAGGGUCUAUGUCUUGAAGCACAGGUUAGCUUCACAGGGAGGAUCCGUCCACUUGGACUUCAGAUCACCUGCUCACCGUUCAGUCACACAAGACAUACCACUGCACAAUGAGACCCACCAAGACUGGAGAAUGCAGGCAGAGGUGUAUGGAGGAGGAUUUUCUGGCCCAAACGUUUUGAAUGUGCCAGCAGGGACCAGAGCCUGCUACCCCCUCACCUUUCACCCUUCUGCACGAUGCACUGUCACGGGCAAGCUGUCCUUACAUAAUGACCAUGACGGUACUGAGCACGUGUUCACCCUGGGAGGAGUGGGAGAACACCCCCUGCCUGUGGACCAUGUGCUACUACAGUGCUCAGCAGGUCAAACUACACACACAGUGAUGAAUGUCCCCAACUACAGCCAGAACAAACUCACUCUCAAGGCGGAGACAGACCUGUCUGCUGUAAGUGGCCCCCCCUCCCUGGAGAUUGAACCUGGUCAAAGCGCUCCAUACACCCUGGCUGUGUUGUCAUUGAAACGAGGAAAACAAACAGGCAAUGUGUCAUUUACAGAAAUGUAUAAAAUACAGGAGGCAGACAAGCAUGAAGGAAAUGUUCCCGGGUGCUACAAGGUUCAUUUCUCUCUGGAGAUCAUUUGUAAGCCAGCAGCGCCUAUCAAGCUCAUAGUUGUACAGUGUGUGGCUCAGAGCUCAGUUGCCAUAGAGAUCCCUGUCAAAAACCCACGAGGGGAGCCGCUGAGGCUGGAUGUGCACCUGGAAGGAGACGACCUGAGUGGAGCCAACCGGGUAUCAAUUCCUCCAGGGGAGACUCUCACCUACAAAGCCACCUUCUCCCCUGGCACAGUGGGGAAGAGCACCGGCAGUGUGGUGUUCCAGUCAGAGCAGACAGGGGAGUUUUGGUAUCGGCUGGAGCUUUAUGCACUCCCUCCUCCGGUCUUCAGGCUACCAGAGGACUGCUGUCAACUGGGCAAAUGGACCAGGCUGAGCAUCCCCCAGGUUAACCCAACAGCUGAGACUAUGGAGUUGACUGUAACAAACAGUAACCCCAGAAACUACACACUGGAAAUGGAUUCAGGAAAUACAGUUAAUGACACACCAGAGACAUGUAUCUACUCAGCCUGGUCUCCCUGGUCGGCCUGUAGCAGCUCCACGUGUGAAAAAGGACGCAGGAUGAGGCAGAGGAUGCUGAAGGCCCAGCUGGACCUCUCUGUGCCGUGUCCCCACACUCAAGAUUUCCAGCCCUGCAUGGGCCCGGGAUGCAGUAUGGAGGAGCCGUCGACCUGCAUGAUGUCGGAGUGGAUCAGCUGGUCAGCCUGCAGUGUGUCCUGUGGGAUGGGCAUGAGGUCCAGGGAGCGAUAUGUCAAACAGUAUCCUGAGGACGGCUCCAACUGCCAGCUCCAGACCGAGGACACGGAGAAGUGUGUCGUCAACGAUGAAUGCUCUCCCAGCAGCUGCGUGGUGACUGAGUGGGCAGAGUGGGACCCCUGCAGCGCCACCUGUGGCCUGGGCAUGAAGAGACGUGAGCGCAUGGUGAAGAUGCCUCCUAUUGACGGGUCCAUGUGUAAAACAGAGGUGGCCGAAGUGGAGAAAUGCAUGAUGCCAGAAUGCCACAGCUUCCCCUGCAUGUUGUCCCCCUGGUCUGACUGGACGGAGUGCAGUGUGACGUGUGGGCGGGGCUUGCGCACACGUCAGAGGAUGCUGAAGUCUGACCCUGCAGAGUGCAGCGAGGAGCUGGAGCAGAGCGAGAAGUGCAUGCUGCCCGAGUGCCCCGUGGACUGCAUGGUCUCUGAGUGGUCCGAGUGGUCCGAGUGCAACAAGUCGUGCGGUAAAGGACACACCAUUCGAACCCGUAUGAUCAAACUGGAGCCACAGUUAGGGGGCAGCGCUUGUCCCGAGACCAUCCAGAGGAAGAAGUGCAAGAUCAGGAAGUGCCAUUCGAAAACAAAGGAGGAGAGGGGGGGUAGAGGAGGAGGAGGAAGGAUGAGGCGACGGGGUAAACAGGGAAGAGACGGAGCGGUCGAGGAGCAGCCAGGUUGCAGAAUGCAGCCGUGGUCCAGCUGGACUGACUGUACCAAACCAUGUGGAGGGGGGAUCCAGGAGCGAUUCAUGAUGGUGAAGAAAAAAGCUAAAGGCACUCAGACGGGCAGCUGUAAGGACAGGAAGGAGAUCAGGGCCUGUAACGUGCAUCCUUGCUAGGGGGCACUACUGAGCCACAGAUGAGGGGAUACUGAUAUAGAAAAUAUGGGUUCAUUUGAUAAAAAGGAUGAUCAGAACCAUUGGUGUACAGGGAGGUGAGGUCAGGGUGAAAAUGGGAUAUACGUUUAGGUAAGUAGAGGAAAAAGAGGAGAAAGUACUGCUUAGUGAAGCCGUUAUUAUAUUAUAUAGGCAUGUAGUUACCAGGGCUGGCAUUUACUUAAGAAUACAACGGAAGUAUUAGAGAGUAAAGUCUGUGUCCUGCAAAAAAAUUCAGCAAGAAAUGAUGACGGGAGCUUUGCCUUUGAUGUACGCAUUUUUCUCUGGCGUAUUUUCAGUAGUUUUUUUCUUUUGGGUAUGAAAUAGGGUUGUGAUCCCUGUUGUUGGUGUUUCCAGAGAAUUCUAGCCUAAAUCGACUCCUAUUUUCUGAAAGAAAUACCUCCAAGAAUCUGAGAUGUUUUGCAUGUGUCUGCUUUGUGCUAUUAUAAUGACACAAUAAUUCCUUCUCCACACUAUUUCAAUGAUAAAAUGCUAGCUAGUUGUAGAUAUAGUCUCCCCUAAAAUGACAUUACUACAAUAAUAUAGCUUUGGUUUUUCAGAAUCUUAUUCAAGCUAAAAUGGCGACCUGCUUCUUUUUAGAAAAAGUAAGAAAAUUAAAAAGUCCAAUACGUUAUUUUUGUCCUAAGAAAGUUCAAUCAAUACAUGUGAACAUGAAAUAAUCUCUCUCAAAGAAACCAGUGAAGCAAGUCUCGAACUUCUCCGGGAGACUGAGUUUGGGAUUUGUGGAUAUGUACAAAUAA